UCCGAACAAGAAGCAACGCGGGUAGAUUCACUGCAUCCAAAUAUAACCUCACUCCCAGUCCGAGAACUUAUUACUUGUGCAACUUUCAAGUGUGUUUGCUGACGUACUACGUAUUUUUUGAAUAAUGGAUUUGAAGUGUGACAUCUGCUUCCUAAAUUUUGACCUAGACGCCCACCGUCCCAAAAACUUGCCCUGUGGACACACAAUUUGCCAAGCAUGUGUUGAAAAUCCUGCCUUGGGGAAGAAGUGCCCAACUUGCAGGAAGGCAUUUAAGAUACGACGACUUGAGGACCUCCCCGACAGCUUUGUGGUGAUUCGGCUGUUGGAAGCCGAGGACGCACCACCCUGCAAGAAGCCGAAGCUCGAGGACCCUGAGCUGGAGCAGCUAAAGCGGGGAGCGGAUGCGGGGCGGAAGAUGGUGGAGAUGCUGCGGCUGGUGGUUCCUCAGGCGGUCGAGUCUCUUAGCCGCCAGCUAGAGUCGUCGGUCGCCCAGCUCAGCCAAGUGGAGCAGGCCCUGGAGAGGCGGGUGCAGCGGGAGGCGGCCGGCGAUGUGGGCACCACGUCGGACGCCGUGGAGGAGCCGCUGCAGCUGGCGCGGCAGCUGGAGGCCAGCCACCGCCUGCUCACCUCCGUCAAGUGCACCGUCACUGCCGAAGAGGAGGGUGGCUCCGCCUGGACGGCCUCUGUGGAGCCCGGCGGGUGCGGCGACAUCCUGCGCCUUCUGCUGCUGCAGCUGCGGAAGGACGGCCAGCUGGGAAAGGUUGACGAUGCCCACGCCGUUCCUGACGGCACUGCUGCGCCUUAUGUGGGGCCGCCUCUCGUCUGUACACUUAAGAUAACUGACAAACACCUCGACAAUGGUCGUCUAAAAGUGGCUGACAUUCUUCGGGACGUCCUGCAUCGAUGGGCCAUUCCUCGCAGGCUGAAGAACUUACAUGGCGAAGGCUCUGAGGACCUGCUGCAGGUCAUGGGGCCACACCUCGAGGAGCUGGAGUUCCCGUACAAUUGGGAGGCUCAGCCCAGCGUCAUGGAGGAGGUGGAGAAGAUGUCGGGACUCAAAAGACUAGAUGUUAAAUGCGUUCAGGAUGUUGACCACCCGGACCUACCGUUGCUGUUGGAAGAGCUCACUGUGUAUCACAUGACCGAGAAUCAGCUGCGCUGUGUUGAACGCAUGCCCAGGCUGCGCAGCUUGCAGGUGUUAAAUUACCUCGGUCCUAAUCUGACUUUCCCACCAUCGCAACAUGGCAGGCUGCUUUAGCUUCACGUGACCCUUAAUGCUGACCACAAGCCUACCAUGCUCUCCCUGAUUCGCGCCCAUGCCACAUCUCUGCAGGAGCUACGUGUAUGCUGUUCCUUCUCUCCCGAUGACAAGGGCUUCUACUUCCCCGACCUGGCCCAGGAGCUGGCGGCUUGCGGCCUGCUCGCCCUGCGCCGGCUUGUCCUUGAACGUCCAGUGAAAUAUCCUUGCACAGGCCAAUCUGCUGGCUGCGUGUUGCAGCGAAGAACUAUUCGCAGCGUACUCCCAUCGUCUGUCGACGUGGUUUGCAGGUCGUGUCACACACCGGGAUUCUAGUUGAAUGGCCAUAAUAUGUCUUACGACGUAUCAAUGUAGCGUUACCUUUUUCUAGCCCGGAGCUAAACUCUGAAAUGCUCUAAAAAUUGUGUUUUUUUUCUUUUAAAUUUUAAUGUUCUUGUCUAGUUUAGUCAAUUA